AUCCGCAGAAUAGCAACGAUGCCCACGCAAGCGAUCAACGCGUUGGGAACGGCUGAUGCGGUUUCGGACCCGAGAGGAUGGCGACGACAGUGGGAUGGCCCCCUGGAUUCAUGGACUCGUAGUACAUGUAUCGAUCCCGGCCACCCGCAGUAUUGUAUUUGCCAAACGAUGACAAGCUUCGUGCUCGUACCCACGUCCUCGUCAGCAGCGUCAACCGUGACGUACUGUGUCCGCGGCCACACCUUUCGCACCGUCUACGCUGUCGAGCUGCACGCCACCAAGUGUGUCUGGACGCUCACGACCCGAUACCGCGACUGCAUGGCUUUUCAGACGGCGUUGGACGCGUGGUUGCCGUCACUGCUCGGAUCCAAGAGCGCGACCGAGUACUACCUCCUUUUGCUCGUCCAGUUUCAGUUUCCAGUCGAGCCACUGCCGUGUCUGGCGUUGCGCUUGGCGACGCGUGCCGAGCUCGUGUCUGCAUUUGUGCACCUUGCCCAUGCGGUCCUCAGCGCGCUGACGAUGCUAGGACCGCAAGCCAACGAUGACACUAAUGCGCUGAUGCACGAGCUAUCGAGCUUUCUGCAGGUGCCGACAGAGCUGGCCGGCGUCGACCAUCGACCGUCCAUGGCGUGUAGUAGCGAAACAACAUCGUUCUAGUCGAUUAGCGCUCUAAUGGCCGCCCCCAUGCUUGUUAAGGAGUUCCAAGAACGCGGUAGUGUCCAUGGAUAACAAACUCCGUGCCUG